AUGAUAGCAUCUAUGGUAGGUACUGGUAUGUCAGUUAUAAUAAGAAUGGAGCUGUCCAGCGGUAACAGUCAAUUCUUUCAUGGGAAUAAUCAAGCAUAUAACGUAUUGAUUACAGGACAUGCAAUAGCAAUGAUAUUCUUAUUUGUUAUGCCUGUAAUCAUAGGGGCCUUUGGUGAAAUUAAUAUAUAUAUAUAUAUAUGUUAUAGUUUUAUUUUUAAUAAAAUCUUUGUAAAAAGAAAUGCAAUAUUUAAAGGAAUUACAUAUUAUUCUACUUAUAUUGAUAAGACUUUUAAUCAAGUCAAUCCUAAAAUAAAUGACAAUUUAUGUAGUUAUAUUACAGGAUUAAUAGAAAUCCACCGUAAUAUUUAUAUAUUUAAUAAUAUAAAUAAAUCACCUAAAAUAUCUAUAGUAUUUAAAAAUAAUGAUUAUGAAUUAGCAAAAUAUUUAAAAAAUAUAUUUAAUAUAGGUUAUAUAAAUAAAAGAAAUAAUAGUAAUGUUUGUAUAUGA